CCAGCGGCCCUAGCACAAAGCUCUAGAAACUGUGAAUGUGCCUUCAGCAUAAACAAAUCCAGAACUCUCCCAGAACAAAUCAUUUGCCAACUGAAGAAAAGGCCUGGAGUUUAUGGUGUCACUCCGAGCUAGAGGUAGACACUUUCUGGGAGGACAAGACAGACCAGGCAUCGGUGGAUGUCACUGCCGCAAAACAAGGAUGGACGAGGAGUCGCCAGAUGGCAUGCUCUUCAAAGACCAGAACUUCUCUUCUGAACUGUUGAAACAACUUAACGACCUCAGGCACCUCAGGCUCCUGACGGACGUGAGCAUCUGCACGGGCACUUGGGAAGCCCCCUGCCACCGCAACGUGCUGGCGUCCAGCAGUCCCUACUUCCGGGCCAUGUUCUGCAGCCACUUCCGGGAGAGCAGGGAGGUCAGAGUGCAGCUGCAAGGCGUGGAGGCCCGGGCCCUGGAGCAGGUGGUGGGGUAUGUGUACACGGGGGAGGCACACAUCACCACCAGCAACGUCCUCGCCCUGAUGGAGGCCGCCUCCAUGCUGCAGUACCCCCGGCUGUUUGAGGCCUGCUCCUCCUUCCUGCAGAGCCAGCUGGCCCCCAGCAACUGCCUGGGCAUGGCGAGGCUUUCUGAAGUCUUAAGCUGUGAGACCCUCAAGAAGAAAGCCAGGGAGGUGGCCCUGACCUGCUUCCCGGAGGUGGCUGCUUCCAGUGACCUGAAGGAGCUGGGCGCCUUGGAAUUGAAAGACUACCUAGGAGACGAUGGGCUCUGUGGGGAGGAGGAAAAGGUGUUUGAAGCCCUCAUGGCCUGGGUGAAGCAUGAUGUCCAGGCCCGCAGGCGGUACCUGCAGGAGCUAUUGCAGCAGGUCCGGCUUCAGUAUAUCCAUCCCGCCUUCUUCCACCACUUCAUCGCCAACGACGCGCUCCUGCAGUCCUCGCCCGCCUGCCAGGACAUCCUGGAGCUGGCCAGGAGGCAGGUGUUCUCACUGUAUGGCACCAGUGCCCAAGACAGCCCACCCCUGGGGCACAUCCCGCCAAGGAACUCCUACCAAGACUUCCUCCUCCUCUUGGGUGGACGCAAGGACAAUCAGCAGACCACCAGGGAGGUCCUGCUGUACAGCGCACUCACCGGCCAGUGGCGGAACCUGGCCAAACUCCCCACCCGGCUGUACAAAGCCUCUGCUGUCGCCUUGCAUCGCAGUGUGUAUGUGCUGGGAGGCAUGGCGAUCAGUGCCGGGCAGAGUCUUAUUAGCCACAAGGUCUACAUCUUCUCCCUGAAACUCAACCAAUGGAGGCUGGGGGAGCCCAUGCUGGCGGCCCGCUACUCCCACAGAAGCACCGCCCACAAGAACUUCAUCUUCUCCAUCGGGGGCCUUGGAGAAGGGCAGGAGGUCCUGGCCUCCAUGGAGAGGUAUGACAGCAUCUGUGACGCCUGGCAGACCAUGGCCAGCAUGCCCGUGGGAGUUCUCCACCCAGCGGUGGCAGUAAAGGACCAAAGGCUCUACCUUUUCGGGGGAGAGGAUGUCAUGCAGAACCCAGUGCGCCUUAUCCAGGUUUAUCACAUUUCCAGAAACACAUGGUUCAAAAUGGAGACGAGGAUGAUCAAGAACGUGUGUGCUCCCGCGGUAGUAUUGGGGCAGCGGAUUGUCAUCGUGGGAGGCUACACCAGGAGAAUUCUUGCUUACGACCCUCAGUCCAACAAAUUUGUCAAAUGUGCAGACAUGAAGGACCGGAGGAUGCACCACGGGGCCACGGUGAUGGGGAACAAACUCUAUGUGACGGGCGGACGGCGGCUGACCACCGACUGCAGCAUUGAGGACUCGGCCUCUUUUGACUGCUACGACCCUGAGACAGACACGUGGACAUCGCAGGGGCAGCUGCCGUACAAGCUCUUUGACCAUGCUUGCCUGACUCUGCAGUGCAUACCUCACACAGCCACCCUCCCGUGAGGCCUCCACACAGCCUGCCUCAGGCAAAACGCCUUCUGACGAGACACACAGAGACCCAGAUCCAAAGAGCUUAAGCCUAAAGGAUGUGGGAGGGCGCUCAGAGAUGCCAGAGCUUAGAGACCUGAAACUAGGCAUACGAUUGUCAGAACUCGCCGAAAACAAGGUGGAGGGCAGGCACGGUAGCGCACGUCUGUAAUCCUGGCUACGAGGGAGGCAUAGAUAGGAGGAUCAAGGUAUUAGGCUGGCCUCAGGUAAAAGCAUGAGACCCUAUCUCAAAAAUAUACGAAAGCAAAAAGGUCUGGGGGUCUAGCUCACGUGGUAGCAAGCAUGGGGCUGGGAGUUCAAAUCCCAGUAACACACACACACACACACACACACACACAC